AUGUUCCGCUUGACCUCCGCCAGAGCUCUGUUCAGGGUUGCCAACGUUGCCGCCAGACGUACGUACGCAGAGGCGGCCGCCGAUGCUUUGAAGUUGAACUUCGCGCUUCCUCACGAAACGCUGUUUGCCGGCACCGCGGUCAAGCAGGUGAACCUGCCUGUCAAGACCGGUCAGAUCGGUAUCCUGGCGAACCACGUGCCGAUUGUGGAGCAGCUGGUCCCAGGUGUCGUGGAGGUGCUGGAGGGCUCGGAGUCCAAGAAGUUCUUCGUCUCGGGCGGGUUCGCCACAGUGCAGCCCGACUCCACCCUAUCCAUCACGUCCGUGGAGGCCUUCCCUCUAGACUCGUUCUCUGCGGAGAACGUGCGCGCGCUCUUGGCUGAGGCCCAGAAGAACGCCGGCGCCGCCGACAGCCGCGUUGCCGCGGAGGCGUCCAUCCAGAUCGAGGUUCUGGAAGCAUUGCAGGCCGCGUUGAAAUGA